ACUUUAGUGCUGCUCGGUGGGUGACGCGAGAAGGACGGUCGCGCGACGCGAAUCUAAUCUUUGGCUGGCUGGCUGGUUGAAAAAAAAAAAGGGAGGAGGAGUGAAAAUUUUCAUGGCUGGAGCAGCAGUUUAGUCGCCGUCGUUUGGUCGGAUUCGGGAGGAACCGCCGUCGAGUCGCGUGUUUGCCUUGGGUGGUCAAUGAUGUAAUAGAGGCGGUGUCUGGUGGGACGCUUGGAAUCCGGGAGCGGUUCUACACGCAAAACGGACAUUAGUGUAAUUUUUGCGGAAGUUCUGAUCCGGAAUCAAAGGGAGAGAGUGAAUGAGAAAAAAAGAGUUCAAAUUGCUUGAAAAAUCAAUGGCCUAAGAAGGGCGAGAGGAAGAAAGUUUUCUUGGUUUAUUGAGUUGGUUGUGCGUUUAUGGGAGAUCGAAGAAGGCACCGGAAAGCGUUCCGUGAUCUGUCAGAGGUGUUUGUUUUUGUUCCGGGGUGUGGAGUUUCCGUGAAAAUCAUUCAUAAUAAAAAGUCGCGCAAAAGACGCGAGCAUUUUCAGUUUCAAGUGUGAAAGGGCAAUCCGGUUUCGGGGCGCCUCGCGCACAAAGGGAAGAGUGUGAGUGAGGAGGGUUCAAAACUACCCACGGAACCAAAGUGCAUAAAAACACACGAUACGGCGAAAAGAACAUAUGAAUGAUUAUUAUCGGGCUGGUGCACUUCUCCGGUUCCGUUAACGUCAGCAGCCUCAACUUCGGGAACCUCGCCAAUCUCAAGAGUUGAUGAUAGGUGUGAGAGCAAAUUUUCACCGAAGCCAGAUAAAAUAAUGAAGAAAAAGAAACAGCAAAUGCAAUAAGCCAACAGCAUUGGGCAAAAAGGGCAAACACCGAACCAAACCGAAAGAGCUGUGUUCCGUGAGAGGCCUAUUGGAUUUCCUUUGAUCGCCCAUGCGAAUCGAAUAAACUGUGUGCGGUGCGGUGCAUUCACGAAUCACGUUUUCUACUGAUGCUGAAGAAACGGGUAUAAAUCAAUGCACCACUUCUGCCGACAAUCGUCUACGCAAGCGAGAGAAGAGUACACACCUACGCAAGACGCCACCGCCGCUGCACCACGCGCGCGGCGAGUUGCCAAAAAAGGACUUGCUGCUCAUCCGGUCCCAGGCGACAAUAGGAGUCCCCCCUUCCCCAAUCCAAAACAGGGCGCACACUUUUGCGGUAGUGGUGCCGUCGACGACUCUUUGGAGACGACCCACCAGCAGUAGCAGAAGCAGCAAAAAUUAAGUAACACGGCUUAACGCAUAAUUCGGCCAGCAAAGGGUUCUUCGUUGCGCGGAGAGUGUGGCACUUGUGGCGGAAAGUAUAAAUUUCGUUUCACACACAUGCUACAGUUUUGGCGGCUAAUGACGACGGCGGCGUCCGUGGCGAGAAAAUAUGACUAAGCGCGUCGUUCCAAACUGGUCCAGAUUUUGGAGAAUCAAUUAAGAAGAGGCGAACCAGCAGCAAUGUCGUCGGCCCUGAACGGGAAACUUGCCAACGGUAAAAUGAACGCCGACGAUAUCUACGAGAAUCUGCCGUGUCACGAGCGAAUGCGCAACGGAGGUGGGGACGAGUUUGCCCCGUCGGCCCCCCCUGCCAUGGACGAGGAAGAUGGCCCAAGUGGUGGCGGUGGAGGUGCCUCGGGCGUACAAGCUCAACAGCAACCUCCGCAGCUGCAGCAGCAACAACAACAGGUUGAAAACAAUAACAAAAUUCAGAACAAUUUGGCGCUGCACAGCAAGGACAGUCUGUACGCGACGCCGUUGAAAAAGUCCGAACGACCAAAGCCAGCGCAGGGUGCGACCCCGAAGGGACGGCCACCGCUCCCCACGCGCGUGUCCUCCAUCAACGUGGAUGACAAUCUGAACAAUAGCGCCGCGGCCGCGCAGGCGGCAUCCGAGCGAGACGUCAAGAUCAUCAACGCCGAGCUGGAGGAUCGCCGAAUACGGGACUUUCUCAAGGACACCAGCCAAAUGCACAAGAAAAUUGAACUGCACAAAGAGUACCAGGGCUCGAACUUUUCCUACCUGGCGCGGAAGGAGCACUUUGCGAAUCUGGUGCAGCAGAACGUGCUGAACGAUUCGUUGAACGGUGGCAGCGCCGGACAUCCGGAAGGUAUCGAUCAGUCGUUGCUGGGGUACAAAACCCUUGCGAAUGAAGACGAGGACAAGAACCUGGAUCUGGACGUGAACGAGUCGCUCGACGAGCUGGAGGCCAAGUGUAACGAAAAGCUAGAGAUGCUCACCAACCUGCACCGGCAUCGGUCAACCGAACGAAGUCAGGAGGACAACGAACAGCUAGAUCUGGACGGACCUCUCGGCGAGCAGAAACCUCCACCAGCUCUAAUCAACGGAAAAACUUCCAGCCUAAUGCAGAACGGCAGACCGCAGGAGCUGUCCCUCGGACCGUCCUCGGCGGUCCACGCCUACCUCAAUCGAGAGUGGGUCCUCAAGAAGAUCGCCAUGUGUUUGGAGCAGCGUGCCUCGAAGAAACCCAUCCCGGUGCCACCCCUGGAAGGUGCCGAAUGUGUGGCGUCCAGUUCGGGAUUCUUCCCGCGGGCAACCUCCACCCAUCAAGCUCCGAACCGGGGCCUCGAUCUGCCUUCGCUGGGCUACCUCGUGCUCGGCUCCAACGGUUCCGGCAAAACCUCGAUCUGCAACGACAUCAUCGACGGCACCUCCGGCACGAAAGGAAUGCUCAACCGCCGGUUGCUCGCCUGCUACUUUGUAAACUCCCAAAACCCAGAGUGCCACAGUCUCAGCAUGUUCAUCCGCAGCAUCAUCUUGCAAAUCCUAAGCCACUCGAGCUUCGUGGGUGGCAUCAACCCAACGACAGCCCACAACACGAGCACCACUUCGAACGAUCUCACCGAAGCAGCGGUGGAAACCGCCAAGCAAGAACACCCUCCCCAGGACAUUAGCAGCAACGAGGCCCUGCCCGAAGCGGACCAGACAAAAGACACCGACUUUGACAAGGAGCUCGAAGACGUGAUCCUGUCGGAGAUUAAGCUCAACGAGCGCGUUGCGGAGUUUUGCUCCAAGAAGAAGGUCUGCCGCCAGCAGUCCGAGCCGGUGGAAAGUUUGAGCCGCGACAAGGAGGCGCCGGCGUAUCCGUAUACGACACAUCCGCCGCUGCAAAAGACCGGAGAGCAGCGGGACAAGGCCGGUGGGAGUCCCGGCAAGAGGGGUUCGAAAAUUCCGGUCGCGAUUGGGAGCAAGAUUCGUUCGCCAGCGAAGAGUCUUGCGAGUUCGCCACAGGAAGAAGACGGUGGGAAGGUUGAGCCGGAAGAGGAGGAAAUUUUGGACGGGGCAGGCGAAGGUAUCGCGGACAUUUCCGACAUGAAGCUGGACGAAGAUAUUGCGCAGGAGAUUAACGAGGACGUGACGGAGAAAAUUGAGGAACCAGUGGCGGCGACGCCGCCAAAGGAGGAAUCUCCCGAGCAGGAGGAGGUGGCACCGCCGUCGGAAACAGCAUCGAUUCCACCGCCGCUACCAAAGUCGAAGAAUUGUCGGCAGGUCAUUGCCGACGGGUACUACGAGAUGCUGCUGAGCAAUCCGGACAUUUUCGAGUCCAUCACGGUGGACAGCAUUGAGAAGAAUCCGGACGAUUGCUUCAAGAAGGCGAUUUUGUUCCCACUGUUGGAGCUGAGUCCGCCGAAGAGUGCGCUCCUGUUGCUGAUUGACUCGAUCGAUGAGAACUACAUCCAGGACGGGAAUCUGAUCUCGACGCUCAAGGGCAAGCAGGUGACCAAGAGUCGAAACAUUGCCGAACUUCUGUCGAACCACAUUCACCUGAUGCCCAAGUGGUUGUUUAUGGUUUGUACCGCGAAGAAGCAGAACAAAAACAUUACAAAGCUGUUUACGGGCUACAAAAAGCUCACGCUCGACGACUUGCGUAAGAGCCAUGUUGUUAAAGACGUGCAGCAGUACAUUAUAAACAGACUGAACACGGAUUUUCGUGGCAUCAAUCUUACCAAAGAUAUAAUCGAAAGCUUGAACCAGCUCUACAUCAAGUCCAACGGAUGUCUGCUCUACCUGCACAAGGUGCUGACCGGCAUCAAGGAAAACUUUUUCACAUUCCGCGAAAUCAAGCUGAUUCCGUGCACCCUCAACGGUUUGUACCUGUACAUUUGUCAAAAGUCCUUCAACAAGAAGCAAUACAACAAAAUACGGCCCAUGCUGAACGUCCUGCUCGUGUGUAACAACUACGUGGACAAAUACUUUCUUUACAACUGCUUACGCACCCACAACUACUCGCUGGAGAUGGACGAGUUCGAGAAGCGGCUCGAUCUCAUGCGCAACAUCAUCGAGUACAGUCCCCGGAAUCCGGGCGCCCUGAAAAUCUUCCACAACUCGUUCUGCGACUGGCUCAUCGACGUAAAGUUCUCCACCAAAAAGUUUCUGUGUGAUCUCAACGAAGGCCACGUCAUGGUGUCCAUGUACUACACCAUGGUCGCGGACCAGCUCUGCCCAAACAAGCUACGCCUGUAUCUGUACCACCUGAUCAAAACCGGUGAAUAUCUCACCAACAAGCACAUCAAUCUCGAUCUGCUCCUGAUCCUGCUGGAAACCAAAUCCAACCUAAGCGACUGCUUCUACACGAACCUCCUCAACUGUUGCGCACUCUGCGAGGACGAGUGCAAAAACGACGUAAAUCUGGCCUGCAAAACCCGACUCAUGCUCGAGCGCUACCUGAACGCCGAACUCAACGAAGAGUUCAACGGCUUCCUGAACGAUUUCUUCAAACCAAACCUCCCGACCGACUGCAAAGUCCUUAAACUGCUCAUCGAAACCGGCAUCAACAACGCGGACACGGUCCUCUCGUGCGAAUCGUCCGCCAUCAACUCGCCCGUGCUAUCCGACCGCUCGCAGAACAUCGACUCCGAGCUCGCAGAGCUGCUAAUCUCCAGCGAAAAAAGCUGCCAGCAGGAGCUUCAAAAGUCGAUCAACCUGGACCAGCUGCAGCCAACACCUUCGGCGCUGGUCGAUCGCUACGACGUCCACGAGGUGGAUCAAUGCGAAAGUGUGGGAGUUGCGGGCGAUGGGGGCAGCGCGAUCGGCGAUUCCAAGUCGGACAUCCAGAACGAUCGCGUGCAGUACGAUAUGUUUGACGCGGAGAUGCACAAGGGAAAGGCGUUGAUUCACAUCUUGGCGAACGAGGGCAAUCACAUGCUGCUGGAGAGGGCGCUGAACGCGUGCAAGGAUCCGAUCGAUUUGGAGAUUGAGGAUUUGAACGGGCAGACGGCGCUGAACAUUGCCGCGCGGAAUGGACACAUUGAGAUUGUGAAGCUGCUGCUGCAGGACCGGCAGCCGUUGAACGAUGGGACGGGUCGGUUCAGGAAGAUUGACGUGAAUCACGCGGACCGGGAUGGGUGGACUCCGCUGAGGUCUGCGUCUUGGGGAGGUCAUACGGACGUGGUGAAACUGUUGAUCGAAAGUGGGAGUUGUGCGAUUGAUCGAGCGGAUAAGGAGGGCAGGACGGCGUUGCGGGCGGCGGCGUGGAGUGGCAACGAAGACAUUGUGAAGAUCUUGAUCGAGGCUGGGGCGAACGUGAAUUCGAUUGAUAAGCAGGGCAGAACCUCGUUGAUUGCCGCUUCCUAUAUGGGGCAUUACGAUAUUGUGGAGAUUUUGCUGGAGAGCGGAGCGGAUGUGAAUCAUACGGAUUUGGACGGUAGGAAUGCGCUUUGUGUGGCGGCGUUGUGUGGAAGUUCUGGAUAUAGUAAGGUCAUUUCUACGCUGUUGGAGUACGGGGCGAACACGGACCAGACGGAUAACGAGGGAAUGUCACCGCUGUUGGUGAGUUCUUUUGAGGGUAACUCGGAGAUUUGUGAGUUGCUGCUGGAGAACGGUGCCGAUCCGGACAUGGCUGAUCACAUGGGAAGGACUCCGCUGUGGGCGGCGUGCACUUCGGGACAUGCCAACGUGGUGAAGCUGUUGCUGUUCUGGGGCUGUGGCAUCGACUGCAUGGAUUCGGAAGGUCGAACCGUGUUGAGUGUGGCCGCAGCGCAGGGUAACCUGGAAACGGUGCGUCAGCUGUUGGAUCGUGGCUUGGAUGAGACUCAUCGUGACAACGCUGGCUGGACGCCACUUCAUUACGCGGCUUUCGAGGGCUACGCGGACAUUUGCAUUCAGCUUUUGGAGUCCGGAGCGAAGAUUGACGAGUGUGACAAUGAGGGCAAGGCCGCGCUUCAUCUGGCCUCUCAGGAAGGUCAUAACGCGGUUAUUGAAGCGAUCCUGAACGUACACCGAGCGUGUAUCGAUCAGCGGGCUCACGACGGCAAGACUGCGUUCCGGUUGGCCUGCCUUGAGGGUCACUUCGAGUGCGUCCAGACGCUGCUCAAGUACGGCUGCGAUGUCAACUCGAAGGACGCCGAUUCGCGCACCACGCUGUACAUUUUAGCACUGGAGAAUAAACUCAAGGUUGUUAAGUUCCUGCUGGAAUACUCAAACGUGGAUGUGAACGUUCCGGACAGUGAGGGACGGUCUGCUUUGCACGUGGCCUCCUGGCAGGGUCACGCCGAAAUGGUAAAGCUGUUGAUUACGUUGGGUAACGCCGACGUAAACGCUAUGGACCUGGAGUCGCGCACACCCCUGCACUCCUGUGCCUGGCAGGGCAACCACGAAGUAAUGCAGCUGCUGCUGUACUACGGAGCGAUUCCGGAUCACGCGUGCAAACAGGGAGCGACCGCGCUGGGAAUUUCCGCCCAGGAAGGUCAUGAAAAGUGCGUCACGUAUCUGCUCAAGUACGGUGCCAAUCCGUACAAGUCGGACCACUGCGGUCGCACCCCAAUCAAGCUGGCCGCCAAAUCCAACCGUAACAACGUGCUCCGGAUACUGGAGAACUAUACCAAAAACGAUCUCGACGGUGGUAAGAUGCUGCACCAGGGGUUGAACCUCAAAUCGCCGGACGAGUUGCCGCCGACGUCCUCGAUCCACAACCCGUCCCCGUCCGGGCCCUUCCCCAACCCAAGCCUCCUGAUGCCGAGCAGCUCGCUGAACGUGUCGUCGGCGUCCACGGCGGCCAUUGGCGGCACCCAGAACAGCAACUUUUACGAAAACACGAUGCAGUCCGACAACAGCAGUUUGCAGAAGCGAAAAAGUGUCAUCUCUAGUCAGUCCACCGGUAGCAGUAAUGAGCAAGCGCCAAUGUCUUUUACGCAGCAGCUGCAGAAGCACUCCCGGCAUCACAACUCCAAGUCGCAUCACAUCGUGCAGCAGCACCACCACCAGCAGCAGCUGCAGCACCAACAACACCAGCAGAUGGGAAGCAGCACCGGUGGCAGUACCGGCGGUAGCAAGUACGGCGGCACCAAAAAGCACUCUCAAAUGCUGCCCAAUGUUGAAGAAAUGCACUCCUCGAAUGGUGCGGCGUCCAGCAUGCGGAUGAACCCCAACGAUGCGGACCUGUUCGAUCUGGGGUGUAUGUCGCCACUGUACGCGACGCCGCCCCACUCGCCCAGCAGUGACAUUAGCUCGCCGGGCCAGAACCAGCCGCCGUCGUCGCUGGCACUGCUCGGCAAGCAGUUUGAGGAGAUGAACAUUAGCCUGUCGAACAACAGUACGAUUAUGCACCCGCCGGAUAAUCACUUUGCGCGGGACACGCACAUGCGGAUCAUCCUGGGGAAUAACCAGAAGGAGCCGCAGCAGAGCGGCAAAUCCUCCAAACGCAGCGGCAUCGCCACCAACCCGGCCAUGCGGUUGAUCCGCAACCGAAUUGACUCCGCGGCACAGCUGAUUCGGCGCACCAACAACAUGCUGAGCAGCAGCGGUGGCAGCUCCGGGCAGGGCUCGUCCAGCAUCGGCGUCAAAUCCGGCACGUUCCAGUGGCGGAAGGAGAGCCAGAUGUAGGGCGGAACGAGAGAAAGAGAGAGUAUAGCAGGGACUUAAGCGCUAAUAUUUUCCACUCAUAUUCCAUUCGUUUUUUUUUUAGAUGAGAAUGCAAUGUUGCAAACGUGUGAUUUUUUAGGUUUUUUCGUCAAAACUUUACCGAGUUUUUUUUCUUUGGAAAAGUAUUUUUUUUAUCGUGGCCAGAAAGUGAACAAAAAAAAAACGUGCCGUAAUUGAAAAAAAAACGAACAACAAAGAGCGAGCAUUUAAAACCUCUUAUUUAUAUAUAUUUCUAACCAUAACCGGGAAAGCAGCAGAGUUUAAUCAGCGAUAGUGUGUAGUAAUUCUCACUAGAAAGUUGAGGAACAUUAGAAAGGGAUAAACAAAAUAAUAUGCACCAAAAUUAUUACUACACGCACACACACCCUGAAAGCUCUGUAGAAUAGCGUUAAAAAUCUACAAAAAAAAAUGGUCUCGGUGAGCGUAGUUGAGUUGAGUUCGUUUGGUUUAUUUGUUGGUUUCUUUAGUUUUUUUUUGUUUGUGUAAAGUUUUUGUUGAAGGUGCCAUCGUCCAGAUUUUUUUUGUGUUCAUUGUUUCUUUAGGUUUAAAAAAAACUAAAAUUGUGAUUAAAAUUAGGUUUCUAAUAAAGCUUUCCAAAUUUGAUUUGGUUUCGUACGAGUGGAAAGUGUGCAACAUCGGUCAACUUUUGAAGCUUAACAAAAUUAAGUUGUGUAAACAUUCCUUUCAUAUUUACUUUUUAAAAAGAAAACAGUUUAAGCGACUAAAAACAAACAAACAAGCAAAUCAGAAAAAAUAACAAUAAUCAUAAAUUGUUCACUGUUGCCCACUCUUCACUCUUACAAUAUGUAAUUUUCACCUUUAUUAUCUUUCUCACGCUACCGCGAGAUCUAAACAAGAAUCAACAACAGCCAAAUUGGAGAAACGGUAACAAUUAUUGUUUUCCCAAAGUAUGAAACUCACCUACAGCGCGUUGUUAUGCACGCGCCUUAAAAAACAAAUACUUCUCACAUAGGUAUAGCCGUGUAGCUGCACACAAUAGUACUCAAACAUGAAGAGAAUAUUACACUCAGAAAACUGAUUAAAACAGACAAAAAAAUCGCAGCAUCUGCAAACUAAAAUGUAUCAAAGCAAGGUAUCGUUGUGUGCUGUAAAGCAAUCGAAGCAAAAGCAAAAAAAAAAAAAAACUUACGCAAAAUGUAAAUGAAUGGUAAACACAGCAAAAAAAAAACAGGAAAAGCAUAUUUUACAAGCAAAACACACACAAUGAAACGAGCAAAAGCAAAAAAAGGGAAAGCAUUUAAUUUUAAAAAAGGUUAGAUUCCGCUAAAAGGAAACAUCUAUAUUAGUUACACAUAUAUACUAUACAACAUAUAUAAAACUAAACAAGCAAACAAAGCAAAACAACAAAAAAUAAUGAGUAAAGUAACACUUGACGUGAACAAAACAGGAAAUUUUAUGAACAAACAAACAAAACAAAUGACAUUCACACUUGCAAAAACCUUUUGAAAACUCUGUGUAUAAUCUUUAUAAUAUAAAAAAAAAAAAACCAAUCGGUUCAACAAUUCUCUAGUCUUCGUCGUUUUAUUUAGGUUUAAAAGAGAAGGUCAAAGCUAGUUUAACGGUGUACCUAUUUUGUACGCCACGAGGAUUAUCUUUUUCUCUCACUCAAGCAAGCAUCUUUUGGACUGUAGGAAAGCUCCUCCAAACCCCCCUAACUAAUACACACACAAACACACUAUUUAUUGAGCCUAAUUACAAAACAAUCCUACACAGUAGAAAACUACAAACGAGCAACUUAAACUUAAUCGAAGAGAGAGCCCCCAAAAUCGAACUGAGUAUGGUGUCAAUCAAGAACAAAAGUGUAUAUUUAUUGUUUAUUUUUUUUACUUUUACUAAGUACCCGCGCAUGAUUUAAUUGCCCGCCCCUUGCGUUGAAUUCGCCUCCCCCCACGCUCAUAGUUUUAUUUGGUGGAGAAACGUACUUUAGAGAGAGAGAGAGAGGCGAAGGGAAAAAACGUAAAAACAAGAAAAAGAAAGAAAAACAGAGAGUAAAGUUGAAGCAGUAGCUACUAGAGAAUAUAAAUUGAAAAUAAUACAUAAAUGGG